AGGGGACACUGUAAAGAGGGAAACAAGUGGCACAGGCUCCGGAACAAGGAGGAGACCAAAGAGGAAGGAGCCUGCUGGCUGUGCACCUCUUCCUCCUUCUACCACCUCCCACCACCUCCCACCCUACCUGCUCCUUUCUGGAGCAAUAGCUCAAGAGGCUCCUGUUCAUGGCAGUUCUGUGCUUUUGGACAGACCAGCAGCAAUGGCAACACUCACUCUGGGCACGAUGCUGGAUGUUGCCCUCGGGUCAUCAAGAGCUGGAGCUGUCGACUUUGAGCAGCUGUACAACCUCCUGAAUGGGAUGCUUUUGCACCUGGGCCUGCGGGAUCUGCCUGUCCAGGAGAACGGGGAACCACUGGAGGGGGCCGAGGGAAGCCCUUUCUCUGCCGCUUUCCUUGAGGAGUUGAUGCGGAAAGUGGAAGCCAAUGAAAAAGAACUCGCUGAGGUCCGGGCUCGUUGCCAGCAGCUCAAUGAGGAGGUCACUGAGAUGAAGGUGGAGCAGUCCCGCAUGACAGAGGACAUGCAGAGGAUGAAGGAGAAUUUCGGCGCGGACUCGCUGGAUGACCUCCGUAACCAGCUGCUGGAAAGUGUCCUGUCCGCCGUGAGGGACAUGUUGAUGGGCGACCAAGACUCCCCAGAUCAGACUAGGUCCAAGCAGAUAAACCCGUUGGAUGACGACGAGCUGAUUGUCAUCGGCAAUGAAAUUACCCUCGUGGAAAGGACACCUGUACCAAAGCCCGUCAGCCCCCUGCCCCCCAAGGCCGAGACAGAGGACAGAGAGGAUUCCCUGGAGGCAACUACGAGCAGCCACCCAGUCUCCUUCGGGCCAGAUGACGUGGGACAGAUCAAGGAUGAAGAGAUCAAGAUAAGUAUCUCUGAGGCAGAGGCUCUUCCCAGCCAGCUGGAUGUUCCCCCUGAGAUGACCGAUGUGGGAGAGAUCAAGGAUGAAGAGAUCGAGAUGAGCAUCUCCAAGAAAAAGAGUUUGGAUGACAGACUCACUGCCUCAAGAAUGCAUCCAGGAGCCCCUGGCACCCACCCCCCCAUCCAGCGGGUGCAGUCAUUACGAGGCACCCCAGGAUCCCCGACCCCCCGGAUCCCAGGGGAGAGUGUGGCUGGGACCAGCAGCAAGCUCCUGACACCCAAGGAGGAACGUGAAGGAGGCAGCUCCAGGAUGGAGUCACUCCCCGCCAAACCUGGAAUGAUGAUCCUAAAGGUGCCCUCUUCCAAGUACUCACCUUGUGAGCCGCUUGUGCGCUUACGCUCUGAGAUCCCAUCCAUGCCACCGCUAUCCCCCGGCCUCUCCGGGCGCCUGUGCCAUGGUCGCAAGCAGCACCAAACACAGGAGCAAAGGGAGCAGGCAGCUGAGGGAUAUUCCCGCAGAUCACCGAUGUACUGUGGGGGUAAACACACCAGCACCUACCCCGUGCAGCCCAUGGAGCCCCUCCUUCCAGACCCCAACAAGCCUGGCGUGAUUGAACUGGUGGGCAAGGAUGGACUCGUGUACCGGGGCCGGGAUACCUAGGGGAUCUGAGCAAGCAACUCCAGCCUGCAGAAAUAAAGGGUGACGAGCAGCCAAGCAC